UGGCUCCAGGGCUGCAAUUGACCUCAAACGCGUAUAAUGUCUCAGCCUUCCACGCCACGUUGGCCGACUGACCACCCGGAGGUCCCUCGCAUCGCCGACCAGGAGGACUUUGGGGAGCUCGUUAGGAAGCUGUCUUUCUAUUUCUCCGAAGCCAUCACUCUCCCGCACACCUUCGAGGAACUCCGAACCCUGCCUUUCGGUCGCGUUCUGAACCCCUUGAUAUUUUAUCUGGCAGAUAAUACGCAUCACCCCGCCAUUGUCUCCGCGUUGCUGGCUCUAAAGGCUCAUUUCUCGGCGCUCGAGGAGUCUAGCGACGAACCCGGCGUGAACGAAGCUCGAGGAUAUGCGUGUGAGUUCGUGGCUUGGCAGUUCCUGACGAACCUUACCGAGAGGGAGACCAUCGACUUCCUGCUCUAUGAGCUGCCCCCUAUCCCGUCGCCAAGCGAUGAAGUCUCGGACACAGAGCAGUCGCGCCAUAGGCAGCACAACGGCGGUUCGCAUCAGGUGAGCGAGGAGGCGCCUCUGCUGCGAGGGGGCGGUCGUCAAUCUUCCUACUUCGGAACCGAUAGCGUAAGCGCCGGUGCUAUCACAAGCAGUGCUCGCUCGGAUGAAUUUUCUGUGCAGUUCGAGAACCUCAGCGCGCUGGAGAUUGCGACAGUCUCGGACAGCAAGAAGUUCCUCAGCCAGCGGCCUGUGCAAAAGAUCAUCAACGGACUGUGGAGGGGCGACAUCGUGUUCUGGGAGUCUCUCAGUGUCAAUUCGGUGAAGUGCCCUAAGCUGUACAAUCGGAGACGAGCCGAUCCGUUCUGCCGACUUCGGGUACCCAGGUAUCUAAAGAUCUUCGAGACGGCCUUUUUCGGCGUAUUCUUAGGGCUGUAUUACGCAGUCCUGGUGCAUCGAAAUUUCUCCCGUGUCACGCCAACGGAAAUUCUCCUGUACAUUUGGAUUGCGGGCUUUGCUUACGAUGAAUUCGGCGACUGGAUCGACGCGGGUCAGACCAGCUUCUACGCAUCUGAUUUUUGGUGGGCCUGGGAUAUUAGCAUCGUGGUCGUGGGGAUGGUAUUCUGCGCACUGAGGAUCGUCGGUCUGACCACAGCCUCCAGCAGUACCAUUGACCUUGCAUACGACGUCUUAGGGCUCGAAGCGCUCUUCCUUGUUCCGCGGAUCUUCUCCCUCCUCAGUCUCAAUCCCUAUUUUGGAACCCUGAUUCCAUGUCUCAAAGAGAUGACCAAAGACUUCGUCAAGUUUUUGUCGCUUGUCGUGAUCUUGUAUCUGGGCUUCCUGACCACGUUCGUACUGCUUGCCAGAGGGACGUAUACGCCUAAAGAAAUGUCCUGGAUCUUGGUGAAAGUGUUUUUUGGAUCUUCCUAUCUUGGAUUUGACGUCGCCCAGGAAAUAUCACCGUACUUCGGCCCACCCGUAAUGUUGGUCUUCGUCGCACUAACCAACAUUCUCCUCAUCACAUCUCUCAUCUCCCUGCUGUCGAACAGCUUGAGCAAGGUUCUCGAUCAUGCACGUGACGAGUAUCUCUUCAUUGUAUGUCCUGGAAGCCUCGUCCCUCCAUUGGACGGAAAAGGGUCGUUGAGCCAACCACUUCUGCGUUUCCGCUCUAGUGCCCAGAACGAUCAUUCGCACACCACACUGCCCGCUUCUCCGAAUGGACACGAGGCUGAUACGGGCUUUCAGAAUCUGAUUCCGCUUCUUCUCCGCCCAUUCCGGCUUAUCCUACCUUCAGAGCGGCUAAGGAGUGCUCGCAUUGUGCUGCUCAAAGCAACUCAUCUGCCCUUCGUCGGCGCGAUAUGGGCUUACGAGCGGCUUGUUGGUUCCCGGAAGCCCAACUCGGGCAUGCUCUCCAUGAGCGGGCCUGAGACACCGAUCAUGAAGACGUCUUCCCGGUCAUGGAUUCAGCCAGCGAGACCGUUAGCGGCAGGCUUGCAGGCGUCUGCGGAAGGAAAUGGCCGAACGGCAGGCAGAGCGCACCAGGCAAGUCGGCCUCAGACCAGGACUGGCCCAGGCGACGCGGACCCACAGCUAAAGUCGUUGGUCCUUAAGCUCACAUCGCAGGUCGAGCAGCUCACGGCCAUGGUCUCGCAGCUCCAAGAGCGCGAAGCGAGCAGGGCCGCUUGA